AUGCUUGAAGACUUACAUUCCGUUGAUUUGUGCCCCAAGGUUGAUUCUAUUACCGUAAACUCGUCUAGCGAUGCUGACUUUCUUCAAGUUCUCCCUCGUUCUCAACCGGAAUCACUUUCAUCCUUGAAAUCGGUGCCUAUCCAUACACUUCUUUCGCCCACCUCUUGUUUAGCUCCUCAAGUUUGUAUUAGCUAUCGAGAUCCUGUCGCCUUAGAUAAGGCCGGUGAGUGUCUAGCCUUCCUCGUGCGUGACCCAGCUCAUAUUAUGCCCGACAACUUUGAGGUAAGACUCAACUUUCCCUUUGAGAUUAUUUUGCUUAUUUGCGCCUUUUGA